AUGUGCUUUACCCAUUCCCUCCCCUUUUUCUCCCUUCCCCCAUCCCCAGGUGCGCUUGACAACUGGAACCCCAACGACCCAGACCCAUGCAGCUGGACGGGCGUCGACUGCAACCCCUUCUCUCGCCGCGUCACCUCCCUCUCCCUCCCCUACCGCACUCUCUCCGGCACCCUCGACCUCCCAGACCCGUCUCUCGCCUCCCUCUCAGACCUCCUCCAACUCUCCCUCCCCGGAAACUCCUUCCCAGGCUCCUUCCCCUCCGCCCUCUCCCGCCUCUCCUCGCUUCAAACCCUGGAGCUAUCAGAAACGGAGCUCUCAGGGGAAAUCCCCGGAAAUACCCUCUCCGCCCUCCGCCGGGUAGCCGUUCUAGACCUGCGCAAAAACGCCCUCUCGGGGCCAAUACCCCCGGAAAUCUCAGCUCUCAACUCCCUAAUCAAGCUGGACUUGCGAGAAAACGCCCUCUCCGGCCCUCUCCCUUCCGAAAUGCAGUCACUAGGGCAGGUGCAGGAUAUUCUAUUAGACUACAAUCAGCUCUCAGGUCCCCUCGCGCCAGCGCUCCUAGUCUCGCUCCCUAUCGUCCAGACCAUAUCGGUCCGGGGGAACGGGUUCGAAGGGGAGGUGCCGAAGGAAUUCGGGUAUGCGCAGCAGCUUUCGAGAUUGGAUUUGGGCGGGAACAGGCUGCAAGGGAGCAUUCCCGAGACGUUUGGGCAGAUGUGGAGUUUGACGUCUCUUAGGUUGGACUCGAAUCGGAUUGGAGGGACGAUUCCGUCAAGGCUGAAUACUCUGGCGCAGCUGCAGGUGCUGAUGCUGAACGGAAAUGAUUUGAUUCUCCCCCCUCCGCCUGCCUCGCCCUCCCCCCCUCCCCCCGUUCAACCUCCCCCUCCCCUUCCUUCUCCUCCUCCCCUUCUUCCCCCUCCUCUUCCGCCUUUCCCUUCCCCGCCUGUGCUUCUCCCAGCUCCCCCUUUCCCUCCCCCCAAGCCCCCCUCUCCCCCCCGGAAGCGCCCGCCCCCAUUUCCCCGCUUUCCUCCUCCGCAUCCGCCCCCUUCCCCCCCAACCUCCCCGUUCUUCCCCGAAAUCACCCCCCCAAGCCCCCCCAUUCCCCCCCCGCCCAAGCGCACUCACCCCCCAAGGCCCCCCCGCCACCCCCGCCCCCCUUGGCCUCCCCCCCAACCCGUCCCCCCACCCCGCCCCCCCAAACAUCCCCCUCUUCCACCCCGCAAGCCCCCCACUCCUCCACGCCCUCCCCCCAAACCGCCACUUGCCCUUCCGCCACUCGCCCCUUCCCCUGCCCCUGCCCCAAGCCCUUCCCCCGCUGUCUCCCCCUCCCCAAGCCCUUCCCCCUCGCCUGCACCAGCUCCCGCCCCUUCCUCCUCCCCCUCCCCUGCUCCCGCCUCCUCCCCCUCCCCUGCUCCCACCUCCUCCCCUUCCCCUGCUCCCACCCCCUCCCCAUCCCAUUCCCCUGCCCCUGCUCCUGCUCCCCUUCUACCUCCUCCUCUUGCUCCACCGCCCACUUCCCCCACUCCUACUCCCUCCCAAGCACCCGCUCCUCUCCCCACUCCUCUCCCUCCUCCUCCCACUCCUCCCUCCAACUCCCCACCACCACCAUCACCACCUCUCGACUCGUCUGGAAACUUAGAUGUAUCCUCUUCCCCUGCUCCUCCUCCCCCCACUACAAGCACCAACCCCUAUAGUAACAACAACCUGGCCUGGUGGCAGCUGCUGGCGUUAUGUGCUGCCUCGUUACUAGCAACUCUGCUCUUUGCAGCGCUCUUCACAUUCGGCUGUCCUUAUCUGUGCGGCAUGGCAGCCCGGGCGAAGCAUAGGUAUAAAGGGGUGCCUACUAACGAGGACGCGGCUCUGAAAGCAGAAGCUGAUGCAGCAGCUGCGGCGGCAGCAACGGGGGCAGCAGGCGGGGCAGGAGCAGGUGCUUAUAGUGGGCCAUACAGUAACGAGUAUGGAAUGGAGGGUACAGAGGGAGGAGGAGGAACGGGAGGAGAAGGAACAACAGGAGGAGGAGAGGGAGCAGCACUGGUAGGAGCAGCAGCAGCUGCAGGGGCAGUUGGUAUAGGCGCCGCUGCUGCUGCAACAGCAGCUGCCACGCGCUCAAAAUCAACAGAAGAAUCAAACGAGGAUGACUCUAACGAGGAUAUAGCCAUAGCUGCCAUCGCAGGAGCAGGAGCAGCAGGGGGAGCAGGGGCGGAGGGCAGCUCGUCGCUGGUAACCAUGUUUGACGGGCGGUCGGUGCGGGCAUCCGCGUUACUAGCAGCCACGGACGAGUUUGGUGCGAGCAAGAUGAUCACGCGGGGCCCGGGGCCCAGUGGCAGCACGGCUUUUGUGGCGGACAUGCUGGCGGAUGGUCCAAUGCUCGUGGCUAAGCUGCUGCCCACCGUAACAGAGCAAGGCGAGGACGGGGAGGAGUUCCCCGUUCCAAUGAACCUGAAUAUGGAGGUGAGAAUAAGUGUCUGGACUCGGAGUGGUUGGUGUGUCAGCGGGUGUUGGUGUUUCGGUGGAGAGGAGGUGAGUGCAGAAGGCAGGGGGCCGGGGCCGAGUGGCAGCACGGCGUUUGUGGCGGACAUGCUGGCGGAUGGUCCAAUGUUGGUGGCUAAGCUCCUGCCCACCGUCACGGAGCAAGGCGAGGAUGGGGAGGAGUUUCCUGUUCCCAUGAAUCUGAAUAUGGAGGAAAUGCACGCGCUGGCGGAGAUAGAUCACCCGAACGUGCUGCCGCUGCUGGGGUGCUGGGAGGACGAGAUCACCGGCAGGCGCAUGCUGCUGUACGAGCUCAUGCCCAAUGGGGACCUCAACGACUUCCUCUAUGAUGAGGAGCUUUCUGAAAACUCCCUCACAUGGGACGCCAGGAGAAGAGUCGCGUUGGGCAUAGCUCAGGGCGUGGCGCAUCUGCACACGCUCUCUCUCCCUCUCCCGCCUGGUUCCCAGCUCGCCCCCGACCCUCUCGUGCACGGGUCGCUGCACCCGGGGAACAUCCUGCUGGGGGAUGAUGGGGAGGCGCGGCUGACAGACACUGCUGGCGCUCGUAUCGCCUUUGAUUCUGACGAUGUGCACGUGGCUCCAGAAACGUUGGGAUACACGCCUCCUGUGGCCGGUGUCUGGGGUGGGACGGCCUUUGAUGACCCGCUCGUGCACGGGUCGCUGCACCCGGGGAACAUCCUGCUGGGGGAUGAUGGGGAGGCGAGGCUGACGGACACGGCUGGGGCGCGCAUCGCCUUUGACUCAAAUGAUGUGCAUGUGGCUCCUGAGACUCUGGGGUAUACUCCUCCUGGUGAGUGCCUGGUGCCUGGUCAGGGGGGUAAGACGUCCAUUGGAGAGGAGUGUGUGGUGCACGGGUCACUGCAACACGGGUUGCUGCACCCGGGAAACAUCCUGCUGGGGGACGACGGGGACGCGAGGCUGACAGACACGGCUGGGGCGCGCAUUGCCUUUGAUUCCGACGAUGUGCAUGUGGCUCCUGAGACGCUUGGGUACACCCCUCCUGGUGAGUGUCGACUAAAACUUGGGAAAGAGGUCACCUUUGGUGUGCAUGGGUCGCUGCACCCGGGGAACAUCCUGCUGGGCGACGAUGGGGAGGCGAGGCUGACAGACACUGCUGGCGCUCGUAUCGCCUUUGAUUCUGACGAUGUGCACGUGGCUCCUGAGACGCUGGGGUAUACGCCACCUGGCCCCACAACAGCCACCCCAGAGGGAGACGUGUUCAGCUUCGGAGUCGUUCUCUUAGAGCUUCUCACCGGCCGCCCUCCCCUAGAUCCGUGGUUCGCAGAGAACGAGCUGGGGGACGUGAUCGGGUGGGUCAACGUGUGCGUGGAGGAGGGGGCGGCGGGGGACGUGUUGGACCCGCGUGUGGCGGACAUAGCGGAGUGUGAGGGCGAGAUGCUGUAUCUCCUCCCACUGCAUGUCCCCAUGCACAGCCGUCCCGACGCCAUCCCUUCGUCGAGGCGCCAGGCGAAGCAUCAUCUUGAUGUUGCAAGAAUGGGCGAGGCGGCCUUCUUGCUCGCGUCUGCGCCCGCUGUCGCACCUGCCCCCGAGAUGCAGCAUCUUCUCGCGCACAUUACGCUACUCUUCCUCACCGCUCCCUGGUCUCAGCUUUCUCGCAGUCUCGACGCCGCAAAAUCCGUCGUCAUGACGAAGCUCUCCUCUCACGCGUUCGCAUCGUCGCUAGCACGUCAGGUCGCACGUUUCUUCGCGGCGUCAUCACACCCAGCAGAAGCGGCGACGGCGGGUGCGGCGGCGGGUGCCGCUGCGGCGGCAUCGCCGGUUCCCAAGCAGCAGACGUUACGCGCCACGGCGGCGACUUUUCACUGCAAAGAGCUCUUCGAGGGCUCCUCUGCAUGCAGCGGCGGCAGCGCGCGCUCGCUUCAUGGCCAAGCGGACGCGCGACUGCCGUCGCAACCAUCGCCGCCGUCGUUGCCGCUGGCGCCGGCGCCACAGCAGCAGCGGCAGCAGCCUUCGUUCACUCGCAGCAGCGCGACGAGCAGCCUCACCACCACGCGAGGCGUCGCCUCGGAUGCUGCGGCGCAGAAAACGGCGAGCGGGCCAGCGGCGGCGGCAGCGCCGUCGAAGGAGUGGCAUCUGGUGCCGCUGGGGUACCGCCCCGCGCACGCCGUGGCGCUGCAGGAGCGCAUCGAGGAGAUGUGGGAGUCGCGCGUCGGGCGGGAGGCGCGCCACGUGGGGCGGGAGGGAUUGGAGAGGAAGAAGAGCGGUGUGGGAGCGGAAAAGGGCAGCAAGGAGGAGGAGCGGCGCGAGCUGGAGGCGCUGAACUGGGCGUUCAGUCAGCUACCUGUGUCCGUGUUCCCGUGCCAGCAUAAAGUGCUCGAGGUGCCCUCCAACGCCCCUCUGUCGGACGCCCUGCGUCUACUCCAGCACGCUGGCCUCACAGCAGCGCCAGUCAGGGACGUGGCGGUGGGGGACGACGCCCCCUUGCAGCAGCGGUUCCUGGGCAUGGUGGACGGCGCGGGCAUCGUGCUGUGGGUCAUGGGGCAGGUGAGGCGUGAGGUAGCAUUUCUCUCGGCGACAGCACCACCCGUUGCGACCGUCGGCUCCGCUGAACCCCCUCCGUGGGUCGCCGACGGCACCACAUGCGCAGUGUCCAUGAUGGCCAGAGCAGGGGCGUGCUCGGGGCGUUUUGCUGCCUCAAAAUGGGCCAGGACGACAGCGAGGUCGGCAUGCUUGUCGGCGCGGCCGCCGGUGGCUAGCGCAGCACUCACUCCCUUCUCCGCCGCCACAUCGACCACAGAUGCACCUAGUCUCGAGAGUUCAUCCAUUGAGGUUAAGAUGGCAGCAGCAGCAGGAGGAGGGCUGGCAGGACUGGCGUUGGGAGGGCUGGGUGCAGCAGCACUGGAGAUGCUUCUCUUGAUCUCGAGCGUUCAUCCAUUGAGGUUAAGAUGGCAGCAGCAGCAGGAGGAGGGCUGGCGGGACUGGCGUUUGGAGGGCUGGGCGCCGCAGCACUGGGCGCGCCAGAUGUUGCCAUGUUGGCAGCCAUGUGGGCGGGAUCGAUGGCGGGAUCAAUGGCUGGCGGCGGAAGCACUGAAGGUGCUUCAUCUGAUGCUCAUUUCCGUCUCAUUCAAUACCUUUGGCAACCCCCCACCUUCUCCCUUCCCCCCUCUCCUCCCUCUCCACCUUUCCCCGUUUUUUCCCCAGCUCGACCGUUCAUCCAUAGAGGUUCGCAUGGCAGCAGCAGCAGGGGGAGGGCUGGCGGGACUGGCGUUUGGAGGGCUGGGCGCAGCAGCACUGGGCGCGCCAGAUGUUGCCAUGUUGGCAGCCAUGUGGGCGGGAUCAAUGGCUGGAGGGCUGCUGGGUGCCACGUCAGCAGAGGCGCCGGGGGAGGGGGAGGCGGGGGGAGGAAUGGAACGAUUGAGGGUGUCCGCAGGGGGCCUGGAUCGGCUGUUGCAGGGAAACAUGUUUCAAACUGCCAAGCUCCCCGUUCCCCUACGCCUCUCACAAGUCUCAGACCUAGAGGGUUCUUUCCGCUGGCGCUCCUUCCUGCCUCUCUCCUCCUCCGACUCUGUCCACUCACUCAUGCUCCUCCUCGCCAUGCCCCACCGCCCUCAAGUGCGCAUUCUCCUUACCCUCUGCUUGUCCCUUCCCCUGUCAACGCCUUCCCCACCUCACAGGUGUCAGACCUGGAGGGUUCUUUUCGUUGGCGCUCCUUCCUGCCUCUUUCCUCCUCCGAUUCUGUCCACUCCCUCAUGCUCGUUCCCUCACCCCCUUGUUCCCUCCACCCCUUCGCCUCCCCCACAGGUGUCAGAUCUGGUGGGUUCCUUCCUGCCCCUCUCCUCCUCCGACUCAAUCCUCUCCCUCAUGCUCCUCCUCACCAUGCCCCACCUCCCUCAAGUAUUGCCCAUUGUCACUCAGUCCUCUCUCUCUUUCACCUUCCCCUCUGCUUGUCCCUUCCCCCUUCAACACCAUGCCUCCCGCACAGCUGCAGCUUCGUCAGCAGGCUCGGGGCCAGCCCCGGUGCCGAGCCUGUCUGCUCUGGUGUCGCAGGCAGAUGUGGUGAAUUUCCUGGCGGAGUGUGACGGGCAGCCAUGGUUCGAAUGGGUGGCGGGGAGGAGUCUGCAAGACAUGGGGCUGCCAAGAAUGGGUGCAGAAUCGACUGUCAAGGUGAGACUGGUCAAGGCUCUUGAGUGUGAGAGGCAGCCGUGGUUUGAGUGGGUGGCGGGGAGGAGUCGUGGGGCUGCCAAGAAUGGGCGCAGAAUCGACUGUCAAGGGACGGAGAUGCAUGGGGCUGCUGAGGAAGACGGCAGAACCAGUGGUUCAGGUGAGGAAGAUAGAGUCGUGGCUUACGUGGAGGGAGAAGAGGCGUUUCAUGGCGCCAAGGAAGGGACGGCAAAGGAUGAGAAGGAUGAGAGUGGAGUAAGUGGUCACUUAGCAGAGAAGAAAGAUCCGGGAGAUGAGGGUGUUGUGGGUGAGUUGGUGCAUCCGGGAAAUGGGGGUGUCAUGUGUGAAUUGGUGCAUCUGGGAAAUGGGGGUGUCAUGUGUGAGUUGGUGCAUCUGGGAAAUGGGGGUGUCAUGUGUGAGUUGGUGCAUCUGGGAAAUGGGGGUGUCAUGUGUGAGUUGGUGCAUCUGGGAAAUGGGGGUGUCAUGUGUGAGUUGGUGCAUCUGGGAAAUGGGGGUGUCAUGUGUGAGUUGGUGCAUGCUAUGCAAGGUGUAAUGCGGCUUUGGGAAGGGGUGCUGAUGGUGAGACCAGCUGUGGGAAGGUGUGCUGAUGGUGAGACCCAGGUUAGGGAAGGGGUGGUGAUGCUGUGGGAAGGUGUGCUGAUGGUGAGACCAGCUGUGGGAAGGUGUGCUGAUGGUGAGACCCAGGUGGAGGAGUCGGACCCGGUAAUGGAGCCGUUCCGUCUGAUGCUGCAGCAUGACAUUGGUGGAGUGCCCGUGGUGGCGCCAGGGACCAAUCGCAUCACGGCAAACGUCAGCGCCAGGGACGUUCUGCAGCUACUGACGUCACCACACCUUGCAGAGCAACACCACCUCAAGCCGCUCACAGUGGCAGAUCUGGUGCACGAUGCACAGAGGCCGCAUCACGGCGCUGCUGACGUCAUCUGGCCAAUCAUGGUGCCGCCGGUGACGUGCCGCCCGUCCACGCCACUGCGCGAGGUGAUCCACACGUUCCGGGUGGCACGCGUGCACCGCAUCUACGUCACACGGGAAGAGGGUGAAGGAGGAGAGCUGUUGGGAGUAGUGACGCUGCGGGAUGCGAUUGGGAGGUUUCUGGUGCGGCAGGAGGAGGAGGGGGAGGGGGAGGAGGCAAGCAAAAAGCGGGAAGAGGAGCCGGUGCCAGCCAGCACUGAGGUUGGUUCCGAUGGUCUCAGCCUGUAG